AGCAACACUAUUUAUGCUGACCCGGAUCUGGCUGAUACGUCGGUUAGGGCUCUGUCGACUUCCUUUCUUAUAAUAGAGCAUUGCAUACAGCUGCAGAAACUUCCUCCGUUUUGUUUUGAUAGAUCGGGUUGAACAACAAGCUUGCACAAAUGUAACAAACCAUUGCUGUGCACGUCAGAUUAAUUCAAACGUGAGCACAACUACAGCAUACAAACCAAGGUCUGCCCAGUCAAGAUGGUCUCUUACAAGCUGUUGACUCCCGAAGAUGUAUACUUCACUGCCCCUGUCCCUGUGGCUGAUGAAGAAAUGGAUGAACAGAAACAUUUAAGCAGCAGACUUUGCUGCAAGAACAAGACCUGUUCAACAUCCACAGCCUUCAUUGCCCUCGCCACCUUUCUGUUUGUGGUGUGCUGCGUGUGGCUCAUUGGCACCAUAUUCUGGCUGAAGAAUCCUGGGAGCCAGCUCCUCCACAGACCGCCAUCCCCUUCUCUGGCUUCGGAGAACAGGGAGGGAGGAAGGGGGCAGUCCUCGGAGAAGUGCAACGCAAUUCCAGAAACUCAUCGCUUUGAUUGUUACCCAGAGAGGCAGCCAGUAGUGACGCGUGAACUGUGUGAAGUCAGGGGCUGCUGUUUCAUUCAGGCAUCUGCUGUGCCGUCGCCUGCCAAGGAUGGGGUGCCCUGGUGUUUCUACCCUCCCGAUUUUCCCAGUUACACCCUGGAUAGCUUGAAUGACACCGAACUCGGGUAUGUUGGGAAACUGACAAGGAAGCAAAAGACUUACUACCCCAGAGACAUUUGGAGCCUGCAGCUGAGCGUAAUGUAUGAGACAGACUCCAGAUUGCAUAUAAAGAUGACAGAUGCAACCAGCACUAGGUUUGAGGUCCCCAUCUCGGUUCCAAAUGCUACAAAGAAGGCAGCUAGUCCAGGUUAUUCUGUGGAGUUUUCCAAGGAACCCUUUGGUCUAAUUGUGAAACGCACAUCAACUGGAAAUGUGCUAAUAAACACGACUGUGGCUCCACUGUUCUUUACUGACCAGUUCUUGCAGAUGUCCACCACUCUCCCCUCGCAGUAUAUCUAUGGUCUGGGGGAGCACCGGGCUGGAUUCCUUCACAGUGUGCAGUGGAACACCCUCACUUUCUGGGCUCGCGACGUGCCACCCACGGAACUGACUAACCUGUAUGGAGUCCAUCCCUUUUACCUUGAUAUGGAGCCCGGUGGGUUAGCACAUGGUGUUUUCCUCUUGAACAGCAACGCCAUGGAUGUCGCUCUCCAGCCUGCCCCUGCACUUACCUGGCGCACUAUUGGUGGAGUCCUGGAUAUCUACAUCUUCAUAGGUCCUGACCCCAGCUCUGUGAUCCAGCAGUACAUGGAGGUUGUAGGUUUUCCAUCUAUGCCUCCGUUUUGGGCAUUGGGGUUCCAUUUGUGUCGCUGGGGAUACCAGACAAGUAAUGCCACAUGGAAGGUAGUGAAAGGCAUGAGGAACUAUGGCAUACCACAGGAUGCCCAGUGGAACGAUAUUGAUUACAUGGAUGGCUUUCGGGAUUUUACCACGGAGCCUGAGAAUUUUGCCACCCUUCCAGAAAUGGUGAAGGACCUGCAUGAUCAUGGACAGCGUUACGUCAUGAUCCUGGAUCCGGGUAUCAGCAGCACACAGCCUUCUGGCUCGUACUGGCCUUUUGAUGAGGGCUUGAAACGGGGCAUCUUCAUUAAUGACUCUGAUGGGAACACAUUAAUUGGAAAGGUUUGGCCAGGAUUGACGGCUUUCCCAGAUUUCUCAAACCCUGAGACUCACCAGUGGUGGUAUGAAAACCUGCAGAAGUUCUAUGACAAAAUCCCAUUUGAUGGGCUCUGGAUUGACAUGAAUGAACCCUCAAAUUUUGAGGAUGGAUCACUAAAAGGCUGUCCUUCUAAUGAACUAGAAAACCCACCUUACACUCCAGGGAUUCUUGGAGGUUCCCUGAGGGCAAAGACAGUCUGUGCCUCUGCAGUGCAAAAGACAUCAGUCCAUUAUAACAUGCACAGUCUAUAUGGAUUGAUGGAGGCCAUGGCAUCGGCAAGUGCCUUAAGGAGAAUGGGGAAGCGUCCCUUUAUCAUCUCCCGGUCCACAUUUCCCAGUCAGGGUCGCUACUCUGGACACUGGCUGGGAGACAACAGGAGCCAGUGGAAAGACUUGUAUGUGUCUAUUCCCGGUAUGUUGAAUUUUAACCUGCUGGGGAUUCCCCUGGUGGGGGCAGAUAUCUGUGGAUUUGGUGGCAGCACAACAGAGGAGCUCUGUGUCCGUUGGAUGCAGCUCGGAGCUUUUUACCCCUUCUCUCGCAAUCACAACACCAAUAACGAACAGCCUCAAGACCCCACUGACCCCAUGUUCAGUCCUUUGGCUCGGACUGCCAUGAAGGAGGUGCUGCUGCUGCGCUACAGCCUCUUCCCAUUCCUCUACACCCUCUUUCACCACGCCCACCUGCAGGGGCACACCGUGGCCAGGCCCCUGCUCUUUGAGUUUCCAGAAGAUGUGACAACGUACUCAAUUGACAGACAGUUUCUGUGGGGGCGGAGUCUCCUGGUGACCCCAGUACUGGAUCCAGGAGUGAACUCUGUGAUUGGCUACUUCCCGAAAGGGGUGUGGUACGACUAUUACACAGGUACCUCUCUGAAAAGCAGCGGAGAGAAAGUGAAGCUGGAGGCCCCACUGGGCAAGAUCAAUCUGUAUCUCCGAGAGGGAGCUGUCAUUCCCACCCAGACUCCAAACACUACACUGUGGAGCAGCAGUGGAAACCCACUCCACCUCACUGCCACUCUGUCAGAAAAAGGCCUGGCUGAAGGAGACCUCUUCUGGGAUGACGGGGAGAGCCUUGACACAUAUGAAACAGACUCUUACGCUUACAUAGUGUUCAAUGUCUCUGAGAAUACCUUCACUUCCACAGUACUUCAUGAGAACGUUCAGGCCACUUACAUCAUGGUGGAAACUGUGUCGUUUUUUGGAGUAAAAGACCAGCCAACAAACGUUACUGUGGAUUCAAAAGAGACUCCGUUUACUUACUUGAAGAACAAGGUUUUAACUGUGAGUAAUCUCAGCCUCAACCUCAAUAAAGGCUUUACAAUCCACUGGUCAUGAAACUACACAACUUGGGAUUUGUGUCUGCUCUGCUGUAGAACAGAAAUGUGAUGCACUGGAUCUAUGCUAGAAAAUGUUCUUGUGAUGCUGAUAUGUUCAGUGUUUUGAUUUAACAAUUGCUUGCUUUAUGAUGUCACAAUGUAGCAAGCCACAUAUAUUUUUGUAAAACGGUAUUAAGAAAAAACACAAGAAAGUUAUUUGAAAUACUUUUAAAAAGACUUGUCUAACAAUCAGUAAGGCUGCGCUUGUUAGGAAGAACCUCAAACUUAAGAGGGGCAGAAACUUUGCUUAUUCAUUUUAUGUACUGUAUAUGGCAAGCGUCAAAUGAUUGCAUUGUGCCUUAAAUAAAACCAUCCAGUUUUUGUUCUGUGAUUCUGUUAAUGGUUAGCUGCUACCCAAUACAAAAUUGUGCCCUUUCUUUAAAAUUGAAAAACAAGUAUAAAACAUUUUUAGUUGACAUUGUUAGGCAAAUGGGGAAUUAUAUCUUUUUUUUUUUGGGGGGGGGGGGGGGGUUAGAGGGAAUGCGUUAUUGCAUCAUUGAGAUCUGUAUGUCCUUUGAUCUUGUGGCUGCUGUGGUUCUGUCAUCCUAAAGGCAUGUGCUGUACCUAAUUACAAGUAUCUAGAAAAUUACCUUAAUUUUAAACUUCGUGAUUUUUAAACGUUAAAAAUUCAGAUGCAUGACUAUCAGUAAAAUGAAGGAAACUGCAACAUUAAAAAAUAUUUCAUGUUUACUUGUGUGCUGAACUGCAUUUAAAAAUGAUAUUUCAAAUGUUACUUGCUGUGACCAGAAAGCUUUUUGAUUUGUAAACCUGUGCAAUAAAAUAGAUGCAAUAAUUUAA